UUAAUUUUCUUUUUCUUCUUAUACAGUAUUCUGAUUGACGGCUGUGAGAUUAUGCAAUAAUAUAAUACGAAAUCGGAUUGGUGGGUUUUCAGGGCAGCAACAUCAAAAAAUUGCCAUGGCAACGGAGAGUGGACAACCCAGCGGAGUGAUGGAUGCCUAUGUGUACGAUGCUGCAAUACAUCGUCGAAGAAGAAUUGAGAAUUCCCAACUCAAAGCAGCUCUCAAUAGUGUUACACCCGGAAGUAGAAAUACUCCUCUGCAUUUGGCUGCUAGUGUAGGAAAUCUAAAAUUCAUUCAACAGUUCCUCCAACUCAAUCCUCCUGUAGUGAAGGCUACCAAUGCCCAAGGAUAUACUGCAUUGCACUUUGCUGCUCAGGGAGGUUUCUCCAGAGUUGUGGAGAUUCUACUUCAAUCAAAAGAAAGUGGUGUGGAUGUCUGCAACAAGCAUAGCGAGACGGCUCUGUUCAAAGCUUGCGAAAGUGGUGAUUUGGCCACGAUGAAGCAGCUGUUGAGAGCAUAUCCGUCAAGUUUACGCCAAAGGACAGUGGACGACCGAACCUGUUUGAAUGUUAUAUUAAACAGGGGAGCUUCAGAUCUGCUGCAGCAUAUACUAGAUUUACUAGAUGCAAAAGAAUUAAUCAAAGAAAAGUACAAAGAUGGCGAUACAGUCUUGCACAUAGCUGCUGGCAGAAACUAUGUGCAUAUAAUAAGGCAGUUAGUGAAGUUCGAUGCCCAACUUUGUCAUCAAGUUAAUGACAACCAAGAAACACCGCUUUGUAUGGCAGCGAAAUCGGGGCAUCUGGAAGCAGUAAAAGAGUUGAUAAAGUUGAAGCCAGAAGCUGUUGAAAUACCAACAAAGUGUGGAAAGAACAUUCUACACUUAACGGCCCAAGUUAGUCAAGUGCGAAUUGUUGAUUACUUGAAUAAAACGGUAGGCUUAUCAGAGUUGGUCAACCAGCGAGCAAGACUAAGCAAUUGUCCGGAAGAAGAAGAUCAUCUUUAUUCAUGCACAGAGUCAAUGGACAGUGGAGGAGACACACCUCUGCAUAUUGCAGUGAGGAACAAAAACUUCCAUAUGGUGACUUCCCUGCUGCGUAUAAAAGGUAUAAACAAGCACGUCCUUAACAAGGAAGGCUUAACAGCCCUCGACAUUGCAAGAGAAACCACAGAGUACCAUGAAUCUCACAAUAUAAUUGCAGUGCUGGCUGGUUAUCCAUCCAAACAGAAACCUUUCCUGUAUAGCGCCCCAAAGAUGAGCGCAGAAAAGUACCAGAAUGCCAUUAGCAUAGUGAACAAAACAUAUGAUGACAGGCGCAACUCAGAAUUAGUGGUCGCAGUGUUGUUAGCCACAAUGUCAUUUACGGCAGUCUUCACCAUUCCGGGAGGUUUUCAGACGGAGUCAAACAAAGGAGAGACAGAGAAAAUGCUCGGCUCGCCCAUUCUGAUAGGAUUCGAUUCCUUUAAGCUGUUUCUCAUUUUUGAUAUCCUGGCCUUCUUUCUGUCCCUUUUUGUGGUGCUGAUGUGGCAGAUGAGUACCCCUAUUACAACAGGAGACAAGGUAUUAUUCCUAGCUGUCACCAAUUUAUUGGUUUGUGCCGCCUUUGCCUUUACUGCCUAUGGUUUCAUGGCUGCCGUGUAUACCAUGCUUGCCCACAAGGUUACCACAAUGGCUUGGAUUGUGCUUGGGGCGUGUGCUGUCAUCUGCGUCUCUGGUAAUUUAUCUUUUUUCUAUUUGGCUACAAAGUUUUUGGUGAAGAUGGCGAGAUUCAACCAACUUCGUGGUGUACAUCCUUUUGUUCCUGACCGUGUGGUGGAGUGUGUGUGGAUGAAACUAGAAAGCUGGGGGCCUCUGAACAUGAUGCGCUGGAGCAAAACCAAGUGUCUUGCUCUGAUUUAUGGAGACUCACUUAUGGAAACUGGGUCUGGUGAAAGCGUUUAGAUUCAUCUUCUAAAUCAUGUUUUUUUGUAAUUUCAAAAGCUGCUUUUACAAGUUUUCGAAAAUUUCUUCUGGUCUUGCAAACUAAAUUUCUGGAACAGUUUGCUGGAUAGAAAAGGGGGCGUAUAUUUGUGAGUGGUUGUUGUAUUUGGAAGUAUUUGCUGAAGUUUGACAGUUUGAUGUUGACAAUAGAAUAAUGAGCACUUUAUUUCCUAGAA